CAGUUGGAUCAAACCCUAUAAAAACUUGUCAAUUCUCUUUCUCUAACCAGUCACCACCACGCACAAACUAAACAACCAAGGCCUCUCUUCCCUCUAACGGCCGUUCCUCAGCUUCUUACCACCGUCAUCGCCGUCACACUAUCCGCCGUACUUAUAGCUUAAACUGAACCCUACCGGAAUCUAAACAAAGCUUUUACUUCUUCUUCUUCUGUUGCUUUUCAUUCUCCCAAUUAACGCAACAUGACUCGUCCUAAAGCCAAGUCGAAGAAAAAGAGCGGCGUCGUCGACUUCAAGAAAAGAAAGGUGAAGAUUGGUAGGAGAUUGCCUCCACCUAAAAAUUCAACAAAUACUGAAGUGAAAUCUAAAGCAAUUAUUCUGCCGGAGCAGAGUGUAGCAGCUGAUAAGGAAGGUUUGGCUGUAAACAAGAAGGGUUUGACUUUAAAAGAGCUUCUUCAGCAAACAUCUCAUCACAAUGGAAAAGUUCGAAGAGAUGCAUUGAUGGGAAUUAAGGAUUUAUUCAGUAAACAUCCAGAAGAACUGACGUCGCACAAGUAUCGUGUUGUAGAAAAGCUCCGCGAGCGUAUUAGCGAUGAUGAUAAAGUGGUUCGGAAAUCAUUAUAUGAUCUUUUUAAACUUGUGAUUUUACCUAGUUGUAAAGAGGAUAAUCAAGAGCUGAUCACUUCUCUAAUGAUGGCUUACAUAUUUAAUGCAAUGACUCAUUUGGCAGUUGACAUUCGGUUCAUGGCAUUUGAUUUCUUAGACCUUACUCUUGAGUAUUAUCCUCCUUCCUUUUCUUCUUAUGCUGAAAAGAUUUUUCAGAAUUACGACGAUAUCCUAAGGAAGAACCAGUACCAUUUACAGGACAAAGAAAAACUAAAGGAUACUUUUGCCGGGUUGGUUCGCUGCCUUUCACUUUUGCCAUGGAAUAAAGAAGAAACUGAUUUGCAAAAUAAGGAUGAUAUUGGACAAAGGGUAUUGCAUGCUUUUGAAGCUGAUAACUCUAUGAGCUCUACUGGUUUUUCUCAUAUCAUAAUGAAACUAAAGGAUCUAGUGGCAAUAUUAGUAAAUAGUUUUCAGGAAUUUACUACUUUGUUUAAUGCUAAGGAGAAUCUUGAAGGGAGGUCUUUCGGUUGUAUGUCAUCCAUUCUUCAUAGCAUAGAUCUUAUUGUAAGGUCAUUUGUUUAUGGGAUUGAUAAAAAGUCGGAAUGCACAAGUUCUCAAGGUGGAGCCAAUGUGGCUAUAUGGGAUGUAUUGGUCUCUUCUACAUUCUUGAAGAAAUUAUUUCCUCUUUUUCCUCUUGAUCCAGGGCAUGGACUUCCGCAAAAGGAUUAUGAUAGGUUGCUUGACUUGAACUUGGUCAUUGCAAAAAUAUUUUUUGAAUUAAAUGAAUGGAUCUGCCUUCCUCCUUUUUUGUUGGAGAAAUUUCUAGAAUUUCUUGAAAAUGCACUUCUUGGGAAGUUUGGCAGAGCUGCACAGUCUGGUAAGGCUGUCUGGGAGAAGCAUCUAGUUCAACUCCUUCGUUUUAUUCCCAAAUUUCUUUCACGUGGAGCAAGCGAUUGGACGUCUCGUCUUAUUUGGGCAUUUACCCAGACAUUUAAGGAAAGCAAGCCAGGAUCCUUAUUGAAAUUGGCCUGUCUCUCUGCUAUGGAAGAUAUGCUAGCUCCUAUCCAAAGCAUGCUUUCCCGGGAGACAAACAAUCCACAAAAUGUAGAACUUCAAAAAGCUUUAUGUGCAUGGAUCGAAGAGCUUCCUCUGUUGCUUAUCCAGCUUGGUGAUAAACACCCAACCUGCUCCUUGGCUUUAGUAAGGCUUCAACUUCGUAUUGGACAACAUGCUUUGUUGAACUCAGCACUUGUUUGCGCGUACAACAACAUGCAGAACUCUUUGCAAGAUUUUUAUUCUACGUGUCAUGGAGAACAUAUAAGCUUUGGUCCUUUUCUCCGACUUCCUAGAGAAUCUCAAGAGCUUUCUUUAUGUUCCCUUUACUAUUUUUCUCAUUUGGACUUACCUUUUUUAAAGUCAUUAGCUGGUUGUUGCCUAAGUCCUGAUCUAGAUCCCUAUUUGUUGUUUCGGACCAUAGAGAUUCUCCAUUCAUCCUAUAAAGAGGGGCAUAUAAAUAUCGCUGAUUACUUGAGUGUCUUCAUCACCUUAGUCUUGCGUUUCAAAGUUUCUUCAGAAGUUGGUGAUGCUGUCUUGAAGCGUGAUCCACACUGCAAAACUUUAAAGUCAAUGACGGCUGUUCUUUGCUCAUACAUGGAACAAAUCGGCAAUAAUUCUCUUGUUCUACAGAUUAUAGAGAAAGUGAUAAUCGAUCAAAUAGUUUUAAAGCCUUCUUUGGAUAAUAGUUGUUCUCUCCUAAGAAUGCUUGUUACAGUGGAUAACAAGCCCACAAGACUUUCUGAACAAAGCAUUAUCACUCUAGGCCCUUGUCUUUCUGCAUAUCUAAUGGACGCUAUGCAGCUCAUUCAAGAAGAUGGUGAGGAGCAGUGCAUUCCAUCCAAUCGAUUAAGUACCAUUUAUUAUCUCCUACCUUGUUUCUUAUUGUUCGAUCGGUGCCAUAAACUUAUGGGUUAUGUAUUGAAGACAAUGGGAUCAGCUAUAACGGAAAGUAGUUUGUCAUUGAAAAAUGAUAAUGGCACUCAACAUAUGGGGAACUGCUUGACUAGGGUAAACACUGUGGUAUCUGUACUUGUGUUGAUGCACAAGGAUGCAAAAUUGCAACAUAUUAUGUCUGAAUUCAAGGAGGAUAUUGGUAACAUUACACACUUAGUUGGUUUGUUAAAGUCUUACGAGCAAAUUAGUCGAAAAAUUGAAGUAACACAUAAAAUACAAUGUGCAUUGGAUCAACUGACUAUUUUAACAAAAUAACAAUGCUCAAGAAAGAUGUUGAGUGAGAAACUUGUACACGGUGUAUGGCGUAGCUCGGGAACAGUUAUGAAAAUCUUAGUGGAUGUAAAAUUGUAAACAUUCUACCUUCUUUUUCCAAGUUUAUUCUGCAAGCAAUUUUGAGGUAUGCUAGCAAGCAAUUUUGAGGUAUAACUUUUGCUCCAAUUGUCAGUGGCUAUGUAUAGUUCCAUCCGAUAGUCUCUUGUGACAGUCCGUGGCUAGGUCGCUCGCAGAAAGUACCGUAAUAGUGCCACUUCAGGACUCCAUGCGACGUUCCACUUAAAGAACCAAAAAUGAUUAAUGUCAUACUUUGCGUUAUGUUUAUUGCUCAUAAGCGAUAGGGAUAUUUUGUUUUACAUGAUUAUUUGGAAUGAUUAAUUGAUUUUUCACACUGAUUGUCUCUGUCUCUUUUAAGUCAAGUUGGAAAGUUGGAAAA